GCAAUGGGCCGUGUCAUACAAACGCCACGUGUUGGCUUCCUCCCCGCGGCCUCCCCGGGCCGGCCGGGCCAGACCAGCCUCCCUCCAGCCUCCCUCCAGCUCCCAGAGCCUCCUUCCGCCGCCCUCCCUCCCUCCGUCCCUCCCUCCCUCCCCGCGGCCGCCCAUGGCCGGGCCCUGCUCGGCGCGGCUGCAGGGCGACGUGUCCGCCUUCACCAGCGCCCUGCGCUCCCUGGUCAACAACCCCCAGUUCAGUGAUGUGACGUUUGUGGUGGGCCCGGAGCAGCAGAAGGUGUUUGCUCACCGCUGUGUGCUGGCGUGCCGCUGUCAGGCUUUCCGGGGGAUGCUCGCCCAGGUGCCAGUGGGCAGCCAGGACUCCUCCAGCAGUGUCCCAGCCCAGGGCCCCUUCAUCCUGGGCAACGUGCAGCCUGAGGUCUUCCUGGCUGUCAUCGAGUUCCUCUACACCAACAGUGUCACCCUCAACAACCACAUCGCACUGGAGGUGCUGACCUCAUCGGUGGAAUAUGGCUUGCAGGACCUGUGCAAGCUCUGCGUCAAGUUCAUCAAGGACACUCUGAGCGUGGAGCAGGUCUGCGAGGCUCUGCAGGCUGCGGUGGCCUAUGGGCAGACAGACCUCCAGCAGCACUGCCUGGCCUUCAUCGAGGGCUGCACCGCGGCAGUGGUGCGGACACAGGGCUUCCGUGAGCUCUCGGACGUGGUGCUGGCGCGGGUGCUGCGCAGCGACCGCCUGGCCGUGGAUGAGCUGGACCUGGUGCAGGCUGUGCGGGAGUGGGCACACGUCAGCUCGGCUGUCCUGGAGCGGCCGGUGCCUGAGGUGGCUGCUCUGCCUGUGCGGGAGCUGCGCCUGCCCUUGCUGGCACCCAGCGAACUGGUGACACUGGAGAGCCACAACCAGCGGGAUCUGCUCAUCCCGGUGGAGAGCAUCGCAGCGGCCUGGCGUGCCCACGCACUGAGAAAGGGCAGUGGGGUGCCCUCCCGCCUCUGCCGGCCCCGCCGUGGCACACGGCCCCGUGACCAUCACCGGCACCUCGAGCCACACACCAAGUAGGGGCUGGGCAACGAGUUUUGUCCAGCCCAGCCAGGGGCUCUGCAGCAGGGCAGGCUGUGGGGCUGGGCACUGAUGCUGCCACGGCCGAGAGCAUCGAUAAGGUGCUUUGUCCUAUGCCACGGCGUCAGGGCCAGGGCAGGAUGCCGAGGUCACCCCAAAAAGGGAUGCAGGGACUGGGGGCAGGGUAGAGCUGGGCUAUGGGAUGGGUAGGAGGGCACGGCAGGCAGCCCAUACAGUGGCCGAGGGGUGGCAGGGCUGCAGGGGUCCCUGCGGGAUGGGGACACAUGAUGAGCUCUCCCUUCCCCGGGGCCGUGCUGCCCUCCCCCGGCAGCAGGGCCAUGGUGCAGCGGGAGGGCUCCAGCACCUGCCCGGGCAGGGACACGGACCCCCGGGGGCUUGGGAAGGGGACAAGUAGGAAAGGCGGCACGGGCAUCUCUGCACAACACCACAGGCUCCCACCCCCCAACCCCUUGCAAGCCCUGCCAGCAGGCCACACACACACACACACACACACACACACACACACACACACACACACACACACACACACACACACACACACAUGUA